GCAAGACAUAUUAAUUAAUUGUUUAAUUAAAAACAAGCAGCAAGCAGUAAGAACCGGAAAUCAUCGAGUCAACACGGUACGAAACUGGCGGAUUUUCCGAAGGUCGCGCGGGCCGGUCUCAACAGUACUUCUGUGGCGCGGGUCAGUGAAGCGCCACACUCGGCUGGAGAGCGCGUGAGGGUGUCGGUGUUAGAGCGAGUCCUCGUUGGAGUGAACUGAGCGGUGCGUGUGAACUUGCGACCUGCCGUUCGGGACAGUUGUGGCCUGCCGCGGAAGUUUUGGCCAUUGGUGCGGAAGCUACUCAUUUGGGGGACGCUGCUGAUCGAACCUUUCGCCGGAUCUGCGCUGCCCUGCGCCCACCCCUGUGCCUCCGCCGCUCCAGACAUCCGCCGUCCUUGCAGCGCUGCACGCCGUCAUGCCCUGGAACCCCAUGUAUCGGUCGGAGGCGCGGCUAGACGGCAAGACUGUGGUCAUCACUGGCGCCAAUUCGGGUGUCGGCAAGGAGACCGCACGCGAUCUGGGCCGGCGCGGCGCGCGCCUCAUCCUGGGCGUGCGCAGCCUGGAGCGGGGCGAGGCAGCGCUGCGCGAGCUGCCGGUGGGCGCCGGCGGCAAGCCCCUGCUGCUCCAGCUGGACCUGGCCUCGCUCGAGUCCGUGCGCUGCUUCGCCGCCGCCGUGCGCCAGCGGGAGCCGAAGGUGCACCUGCUGAUCAACAACGCCGGCGUGAUGGCGUGCCCGCGCGCCGAGACCGCCGACGGCUUCGAACUGCAGCUGGGCACCAACCACCUGGGCCACUUCUUGCUGACGCACCUGCUGCUGGACCAGCUGCGCGCGGCGGCGCCCGCGCGCGUCAUCAAUCUCUCCUCGCUGGCGCACACCAGGGGCCAGAUGCACUUCGACGACCUCAUGCUCACCAAGGGCUACACCAAAUGGAAGGCGUACUACCAGAGUAAGCUGGCCAACGUGCUGUUCACGCGCGAGCUGGCGCGCCGGCUGGCCGGCAGCGGCGUCACCACGUACGCCGUGCACCCGGGCGUAGUGCGCACGGAGCUGUGGCGACAUCAGGGCGGCUGGCUGCGCGCCCUGCUGCGACCGGUGGUGCGCUCGCCGGAGCAGGGCGCGCAGACGACGCUCUACUGCGCGCUGGCGCCCGAGCUGGAGACCGUCAGCGGCCGCUACUACGCCGACUGCAAGGAGACGCAGCCGUCGCGCCGGGCGCAGAGUGACGAGGACGCCGCCCGGCUCUGGGCCGUCAGCGAGCGGCUCGUGGGUCUCCCAGCGGCGACUGACCCGGGGACCCAGUAGGACGCCCGUCCCCCCCCCCUACCUCCUUAUCUACGUGACGUCUCGGGCGCCAGAUCCCCCCCCCUCCCCGCCAAACCUGUUCCGAUACUGGCGUUAUCGGUGUUUGCCCUGUCGCUGAAUCCCGACUUAUGAUUUAUACAGGCUAUCGGCAUGUCUCAUACGAAUGGGGCCAACUCGUAUGGCGCGCGUACGGACCCAAACAUUGUGCGGACAGGUGUGCAAGUUAUGCAAGGGGUGUUCGUGUACUGGGUUUGUUUGUGUACUGAGGUUUGUUUGCACCUGAUGCAGUGCGUGUUCGUUGUCAUGAGUUGCCGGGUACCAUUGCAGUUGAGAAUGAUUAAUAAUAUAUUUACGUUGUGCCAAUGGAUCUAAAAUGAAGGCAGUGCGGCAGAGAACCCGUCCAUCCUUUACAUUACGCAUCGUUCGUACAUCGUUUCAUCGUUUGCAUGUUAUCGCUGCAUGGAGGUGCCAAUACACUUCGACGCUUUUCCUA